AUGCACGUUUGCAUCGCAGGUGAUCAGAAAACGCGCGCGGGAGCCGUUCGGAUUACCUGCGUCGGCCGCCGUAUCCAAAAACUUGAGUCUAAUGACGGCUGACGACAGACUGAUUAUUGUUUUUUUGCAGAUAACGACAUCAUUGCCUUUAACGACUCCACGCUGUCCUGGGAGUCUAUCGAGAACAAGCCGGUGCCAUGUCUCCACAGCAUCUCCUUCUCAGUCAACCGCGGACAAUUUGUCACCAUUGUCGGACGCGUCGGAGCCGGAAAGACAUCGAUGACAUCUACCUACUUCGACAGUGCCGUGGAUGCUCACGUCGGAAUCCAGCUGCUCAACUCUGUGAUUGGACCCGAAGGAAUGCUCCACAACAAGACCCGCAUCCUGGUGAAAAAUGAGCUGUCGUUCUUAGAAAAGGCGGAUCUGAUCAUGGUGAUGAAGGAUGGACGGAUUGAGUUUGAGGGAAAGUACGAAGAGCUAAUGCAGCGUGUCGAGACUGGACGCGUCAAGAUGGAUACCUGCCAGAAGUACUUUGGAGCCAUAGGAAUGUCUAUCGCCGUCAUUUUUGUGUUUGGAAUGACCACGAGUACGGUUGUGUCGAUGGGAAGGAACUUGUGGCUGACGGAUUGGUCAAACGACAAUGCUGCCCGCGCUGGAACCAACGCCACUGGAAGCAGUAUUGGAGUCCGUCUGGGAGUGUACGCUGGCCUCGGAUUCUCGGAAAGUGAGUUUUCACGCCACGUGCGUCCUCUGAACUCCAUUCUUUCUUUUUCAGUUAUCCUUCUCUUUAUCGGAAUGCUGUCCCUGCUCUACGGAAGAGUAUCGGCUUCGAGGAACCUGCACGCCCCGCUGAUGCGCAAUCUGUUCCGUUUUCCAAUGGUUUUUUUCGACACGACACCACUCGGACGGAUUUGCAUCGGAAAGGAUAUCGAGACGUUCGACGUGCUUCUGCCGUUCAAUGUCCAGUUCUUUGCACAGUACCUCCUACAAGUGAUCUCCACCCUCGUCAUCAUCAUGAUUUCCACACAGGUGUUUGGAGUUGUGAUCAUCUGUGAUGUACCUCUUAGUCAUGUGAUACUUCAUUGCCACCUCUCCACAGCUGAAACGAUUAUAGUCAAUUAUGUGAACAGAAAUUUGUGUUGCGCAGUCAGUGCCUAUUCAUUAUUAGAAGGACAAUUUACAACCACAAUGGGUUGAGCGAGAUCAUUUGACAGGUUUUGUUGCGGUUGCAAAACGUCUAGUAGCGCUAAGACAAAGCACAUUUUCAUUAUCAUUUUCCAGGUAUAAAUUCGACGAUCUGAAUGUUUCCCGACAUGAUGCUACGCGAGUAGCCAAAGAAACACCGUACAUCCCUAUGUACUGAAAGCGCAGAUAUGGCAAGAUCAGCCGAAGUGGAACCAGAAAGCCAACAGAAUCUCCGUACAACGUAAAUGCUUUAUGAAGUCCCGAUUUUAACAAAAAUACAAUUUCAGUUCUUCGACGCCAGUAAACGAUAUCUGGAACACUGUCCAGAAGCGUCGCAAGUCAUUUAA